AUGGCAAAGCAAGAUCCUAGAUGGACAAAAUUAAAACCAUCUAAAAUGCUCUUAUAUUUCCUUUUACUCAUGAUUAUGAAGUCUAAUGAUAUCCAGACAAAUCCUGGCCCUAGUAAUGACAGCACAAAAUAUUUGUGUGGUACUUGUGAUCAAAAUGACAGAAAGAAAACAGAAACAGACAAAGAAGGGGGUGGUGUUCUUUUAGCUAUAAAAAAAGAACUUAUUAGCUCUGAGGUAUAUGAACUUGCACCCCCAGACAAAACAGAAAUGGUCUGGGCAAAAGUAGACAUUGUUGGUUCAAAAACAUUGUACUUAAGCUCUUUCUAUCACCCAAAAACAUCUGACGAAACUAGUCUCAAAAAUUUUGACUUCAUGAUAAGAAAAGCCACACAAAUAAAAAAUUCUACACUUAUCAUAGGGGGAGACUUUAAUCUCCCAGGUUGGGAUUGGAACAACAAAUCAUUAAAACCGAACACGUCUUACCCACACCUUCAUUACUUCUUUGGCAACUCACUUGACGACACAUGUCUCACACAAAUUGUUGAUGUCCCUACACGUAAAGACCAAGUACAGCGUGUUGAAGUUAUCCCUGGCCUAUCUGAUCAUGAUAUUGUGUUUGCAGAAUUUACAAUAGCUCCAUCAAAACUUAAACAAAAGCCAAGAAUAAUUCCAUUAUACAAAAAAGCAAACUGGAGCACAAUUAAACAAGAAAUUAACACCUUAUAUAAACAUCUCUCUGAAAAUCAGCAACAUUUUUGUGUAAAUGAAAUGUGGAACUGUUUUAAAACAACAAUAACAAAAGCAGUGAAAGAUCACAUCCCACAUAAAACAGCAAAAAUAAAGGACAGUCACCCAUGGGUCACAAUGGAAACAAAACGGCUCAUUAGAAAAAGAGAUAGACUCUAUAAAAAAUCAAAAAAAUCUGGGAAUGCAUCAAUUGCUAAAAAAUACAAAGAGGUCAAACACCAGGUGCAAAAAAGUAUACGAAAAUCAUACUGGGAAUACAUUGAAAGCAUCAUAUUACCACCACAAGAUGAAACAAAUUUUGGCACUAUGAAAAAAUUUUGGACCUACAUUAAACAUAAAAAACCUGAUUAUAGUGGGAUUACUGAAAUCAAACAAGAUGGCAAACUCCUAACUGAUCCACUACAAAAAGCUGGGGCACUUAAUGCACAAUUCCAGUCUGUAUUCACACCAGCAUCUAAUAUUUCUCAUACAGAAUUUGUCAAACAGUGUAAUAUGCCACAGAACACUCCUUUUCCACUCAUAUCAAAAUUAAUAAUUAAAACAGAAGGUAUACAAAAACUCUUACAUAACUUAAAUCCGAAACAAAGCAGCAGGACCCGAUGA